AUGCCCCCAGGUCUCAUUCACCCUGCGCGUGUCCGCAUACCUUCUUCGCCCAAAACCCAUGGAGAUGCGUCCACGGGUGCUACGGACGCGCUGAGUCAUGUCGGUUAUCCCAACUUCCUUCUCUUCACUCUGCCCCUCACAAAAGUGGAGUAUAACUUGGUCACUCACAGGCAGGAAGAUGGGCAAUCUGGUAGGGUCAGUCACCGCCAGGAACAGCCUGCCAGAGUCAACAGGCACCGGUCGAAUGACGUAGAGAGAGGUGAUUGA